AAAGACUUCACCGCACUGUACAGUUUGGAAACUGGAUCAUUGACAUUUCAUGUGGAAACUAAGAAAACAAUCACAAUUGGAUGUCACAUUAAAAACCGCAAGGCAGAAGUGCCAAUUUUGGUGUAACAACUUAAAGUGGGCAAUAAAGCAGUGACUCAGGUGAAUCAUGGGUAAUUUUCCUGGCCACGCCCUUCCUGGAUCUUUCUUCAUCAUCUUUGGCCUAUGGUGGACAAUCCACAUGUUCAACCGUUUUUACCUUGCCAAGGCCCGCAAUUCCAAAUUCCGAUCAUCUGCCAUAUUUAACUGCCCUUUGUUGUGUGGGCGACUGAAGGAAUGGCCCAUUGAAGCAUACUUCAAGUUGAUUUGUGUGAGUGUUGGAUUUUACUUGGAAAUCAAGACAGGAUUCUCGAGUGAUUGGAGAUUUGUUAACAUCGGCAAUGGGCAACACGCAACAAUGUUUUUCUUCUUUGGAGUAAACGCCAUCGUAGACAUUUUGGUGUAUUUUAAAUGGCCUCUUCCGCCAAACAUGGAAUAUGUAUCGAGUAUUCUUGCUUUAUUGUGUGAAUACUUGUUAUUUAAGUUCCAUUUACACGGAAGGACAGAUCUUGAUGUUUUGCUGCACACUUUACUCCUGCAUGCCAUUGUAGCUUGCAUGGUCGCCUUUGCCCUUGAAUUAAAAUACCGAGACAACAUUCUGUGUGCGCUGAGUCGAGCUUAUUUUAUGCUUCUACAGGGGACAUGGUUCUGGCAAAUUGGCUGGAUUUUGUAUCCACCAUUUGAAAGCUCGUUCCGAUGGGACAAAGAUGACCACGAGCAGAUGAUGAUUGCGACGAUGAUUUUUACGUGGCACGCAAUGGUUGUACUUCUAACCAUGCUCGCAAUAGGCGGAGUUCUAGCUUUUAUUCAUCGUAAAAUGAACCUGUACAGGAAAGAGGACACUUUCAAGUUUAAACCGUUAAUCAAACCUGCAAGCAAUGGUGACAGUGUUCUGCAGCUUCAUGAUGAAAGUGAAAGCGAUCAGGACAUCGAGCAGACUACUGCUCUUACGUAAUGUAAGUCUAAGGCUGGGUAGAACCAUGGUUUCAACAUCCUCUAAAAAAUGAUUGAUGCCUUUUCAUCUAUUAGACGAUUGAAGCAGCCAUAGUUUCGACAUGCUUACCAAAAUGAUUGAUGCCUUUUCAUCUAUUAGAAGAUUGAAGCAGCCAUAGUUUCGUCAUGCUUACUUAAAUGAUUGAUGCAUUUUCAUCUAUUAGAAGAUUGAAACAGCCUUAGUUUCAAUAUGCUGAACCAAAAUUGUUGAGAUUGACAAAAGUGUUCACUGUCACGAACCAAAUUUAGAAUUUAAGUCUAUGAAUAAGGAUAUUGCUGAAACUCUAUUGCUGGUUCACAUAUCUUACAUCUCAAGGUGUUCACCCACACUUAAUUUCAUCAUUCUUUGUCUGGAUUGAUUAACUUGUGAUUUAUGUUAGCAAGGUUGGUUCUAAGCAUAUUUGCAAACUGUAGUUAUAUUCUGUUGAGACAUAAAUGUACAUGUACUAUAGAGUCUUUAGACUAAGUCAAAAACCUGGAUUUUUCACACAAUACCAAAAAUCACAUUUUUAACACUUUUAUAUACACAAAUGUAGCAUUGUGUUUUUAAUGAAGCAGCAUAUGGUAUUCAGAAGUAUACAGAAUAAUUUGCCAAAGUGUUUUUGAAUUCCAAUUCCUAUACAUUAGAAACAAUCAGUGACGUAUAAUUGUUAUCCUUACAAAACAUGUCAAUUAUUAAAACACACAUGAGCACUGAGCAGGGAUAAUUUUAGAUCUGUGUCCUGCAUCCUGGACACAUAGAAAUGGCAGGGGACCCAAACAGUUACUAUAUAUGCGUCCCACGGACGCAACAUCCUUUAAGUGUAUAAAUUAUGAUGCUGAAAAAUAUUUUGCGAACGGAGAAAAAAAGAAUUUAAGACCAAAAAACUUGCAAAUGACUGAAAAUUGCAGCCAUUUUACUAUUGCAAAAUCAAUAAUCCGGGUCAUUGGAAAGCUUAAUUUUGUAUUCAACAAUAAGAAGCGUCAUUAUGAUACGGAGCAUGGGUUGCAUAGCUCUAUUUUCUGACAAUUUUGUUAUUUUCUAGCACCAAAUUAACAGUCCUCGUGCAUUUCAUGUAAAAAUUGCAAAAAUAAGAAAUCAUGUAAUUCUUCCUCGGGGAAAGCCUGGGCUUUUAAUUUGAAUGAUGAAUAAAAACUCGUAGUGCUUUGUUUUAAAGUGGAAACUUUUUAUGUUAAUUACGCUGCAUCUUAAUGGCUAUGUACAGUUGUUCAGUUUUGUAAUUAUUGACGUAAAACUGCUCAUCUAUUAUAAUGGUCAAGUGGGGUUAUUGUUUGUCGCACUACACACGCGUGAAUGUGAUGUACAAUAGAGGGGCUAAAAAUCUAGACCAAGUUUUCGGAAAACAACUAGAGAUCCCUGUUUACACCUACCGUUACCCACAAAAAACCUCUUUGACACUUCCCUUUUCAAGCUAUCCGUUAUGAGGUCAACGGCCCAACGUGAGCUUUCAUUGAUGUAGAAGUGCACAAACAAAGACAAAGACAGUUUUGCAUAUUUUAUUCUUGGCAAACAUUUCAAUUUUUUUUUUAAACUCUGUUGCUGCCCCUUCAUAUCUGCAGUUACCGACUCUUUUUUGUUCCAACAACGGCUCCUUCAGUCUAUAAGAUUAAUAAUCUAGUCAUAAAACUGUUGAGUUGCCUUUUAAAGUUUUCUGUUUAAUUGCGACUAGAUAGCCAUGAGAUGUCAUUAAAAUGUUGAAAUACCCUGAUCCACUAUGUUUUUCUUCUGCUCAUAGAUGGGACCCAUACUUUUUCUCUGGGACCCAUAGAUUUAAAACCUAUGAGUCCAUGGGAUUCAUACUUUUAAUUUCUAAAAUUAUCACUGCAUGAGAUAAUGUGCACAAGCCGAUUUCAACAUUCCUAGUUGAUUAAUUGAUGAACUUACAUAUACAUUUUUUGAAUUUUAUUUAUUGCCUAUACAAUUUUCUUGUCAAUAGUAGAUAGUAGAUUGUUAUGUUAAUAUACAAUGGAAAUCUAGCUAAACUUUGAUGUCAAACCACUGUUUUCAUGAUCUGCAAACAAACUUGUUAUGUUGGACUGUAAUUAUGCAUCAGCUGUUGAUAUGGAUUUUCGCUGGUAAUUUAUUAUGUUUUUUAAUGACAGAACAAGGAAUAACUCAGGCCAAACAGAAAAGUGUGAGUUUUGUGCAACAAACUACAUGUAUAUGUAGCGAUAACAAUCAUUUAGUUUUUAAUAUUUUUUUCUUGAAGUUAGUAGUUAAGGUAGCGCACCUCUAAUGAAUCCCGCUAUUUAUUUUACGAUCAUUGCCGAUCUUCAAUGAUCGGUUAUUUCCGAGAGAUGCAUUUGUUUUUUCAAACUUCGAUUUUUGAUAUGUGUUUACCUAAUUCAUUUAGAAUACAUUUUUUUCACUAUAAAUAUUGACUUUGAUCCAAUUAUCAUCUGAAAAAUACGAUUUCGCGAUUUCUUUAAAGAUCGACGAGCCUUUUUACCUGUUUACUUAUGGAUAUCUAAUUUAAAGAUGCACUGAUGUGAAGUUGUCGUGGCCGAGUGGUUAAGGCGAUGGACUUGAAAUCUUUUGGGAUCUUCCCGCGCAGGUUCGAAUCCUGCCGACAUCGCAUACUUUUUGCGACGCGUUUUAUUUCUUUUUUAACGUUAUUUGUUUAAUAUAGCAUAUAAGCUAUGUUUAUUGUUAAAUAUGUUGAAAAUUGUAUGCUCAUCGUUCAAUUUUUAAAAUUAAAACAACGUUAUGGCUAAAUUGGGUAAUUUACUGCUGAAAAUACGAAUGAUGCAUGUUGCAUUUUUAUUUUUAUUUCAAAAAGUAAACGGUAAAUCUGUCUAUUUCUUGGUAUUUUUUGCUGUAUAUAGUGUUUCUAUAAAAACUAAGUUUAAAAUAUAACUUAAAUGAUACUAUUUUGAAUUUUAUGACACUUUGUUUUUAACCGGCCCAAUUUUUACAUGGCUGAAAUCACUUACAUUUCAUGGCGCUAUUCCAUAGAUAAAAAUUUGUAAAAAAUAAAUGUCUGUUAAAGAAUACUCAUUUCAUCUUGUUUAAACUUUAAACACCUUUACUGCUCCUGAACACACCAACUGCAUGCCCAUAUUUGGAAAUUUGAAUGAAUAAUGGAACUUUUAUAUACCCCAGGGGUAAAAAUAAACUGGACAAAAGCCGAGCGUGAGGGUGGUUUUGAAAAAAUCGGUAUAUUUUUUUUAAAAGCAUGGAAAGCCUACUUACAAAUUUGCAUGUAGUUCAGUGAAAUGAUGCUGAUUAGGAAAAUAAUUAAUUAAAUUAGAUUUGGAUAUGUGCCCAUUAGGGGUGCGCUACCUUAAGUUUAAUUGUCAGAAUUGUUUCUAUGGCAGAGCUUUUUUGGCUGAUUUCAUUGCAGUCUUAGGGUCAUAUUGGGAAUGGCAAAAGAGAUAUUUUUUUCAGAAUCCAGUGUCAAAAUUCCCAGUUGACUAAAGUUUGACUUCAAGGUGUUUGAAUUUUUUUAAAUAGACUGUAGAUAGUGGAACAGUCAUUUAACUAAAUUUUUUGUUUCUUAGCAUUUUGAUUUUAUAAAGUUUUAUCAAUACUAUCUCAGGUUUUAUCAUUCAAUCAAUCAUAUUUUUCCAAAAAUAUAAAGUGAAUUUAUGCUGAAAUUUCCAGUUUUGUGGGUUAAAGUGACAGUCCAUGGUUGUUUUGCAUAUAAAUCGUAUAGCGAGAAAUAAACUUUACAUAAAUUCA